AUGGCGGGGUGGCUGCCCUUGCUGCUCUGCCUCUUCUUCUCGGUCGGAGUCAGCACGCGGCAGCGCGCCCUCGCCGGCGUCGCAUCCAGCUCCAAGAUUGUGACCAGCCUCCCUGGGUUCCCCGGCCGCCUUCCCUUCCACCUCGAGAGAGGGUAUGUGGAGGUGGACGAGGACAACGGCCUUAACAGCGCCGAGCUGUUUUACUACUUCGUGGAGUCCGAGGCCGGCAGUGAGAAUUCCCCUUUCCUUCUCUGGCCCACCGGGGGCGACCACUGCUCGGUACUCAGCGGCCUCGUCUUGGAGAUCGGUCCAUUCCAAUUCGUCGCAGAGCCUUACAAUGGCACUGUGCCUAGCCUGGAAAUCAAUCCUUACUCAUGGACGAAGGUGGCAAAUAUCCUAUUUGUGGAUACACCGGUUGGGGUAGGGUUUUCCUUUUCUAGGAAACCCGAAGGAUACAAUGUGGGGGAAAUAUCUACCUCAUUGCAGCUCCAUGAACUACUUCUCCAGUGGUUCAUUGACCAUCCCAAGUUCCUCGCAAGCCGCCUCUACAUCGGGGGAGACUCGUAUGUUGGAAAAAUUGUACCUUUUAUAGCUCAGAAGAUUUCAAAAGGUAUCGAAGCUGGAAGGAGCCCCAUCCUUAAUCUCAAGGUAACCAUCAUAAUUCAUGGAUAG